AUGGAUAAGACACAAGCAUUCAUAAAAGAUAAUCUAUUGGUGAAAAAUUUCAAUAAUCCAGACAAACCAAUAGAUGAGAAAAGAUUACAGGACACUCUUCUGAUAUUACCGACCGAUGGUGGUUUAACGUCAAAACUGAGGAGAAGCAGGACUAAAUUGAGGCUAAAUACCGAUAAUAUUGAAUCAUAUAACAAAACAAAACACCCUAGAUAUCGUACAGUUACAAAGAGCUCUAAAGUUGCAUUUAAAAACUAUAUCAAUAAUUGUAGGAGAGCUGUAAGUCAAACAAAAAAAUUGAUACUUGAAAAUAACAUUAGUGACAGAGCCACACUAGAGGGGUAUUUACAAUCGAAUAAUAAAACGGAUCUGAUGGAGAGAUUGCCAAACUAUGAGAAAGUCAAACCAAUGCAUGAGAAGUUAUGGAUAAACUAUAUGAAAGAGGUGCUAGGUAUACCAGAGAGCGUUAGAGAUUCAUCGAAACUUAGCAUAAAUGGUACUUCUGCAUUACUCAAAUUAUCAAUGGCAGAUUACAAUGGCUCUCUUCUCAAAGUGAGCAAUAGCCGAAAUAGAAACUUGGUUGGUAUCCAAGGUAUAGUGAUUUGGGACUCUCAAAAAAGCUUUAUCAUGUGUACGAGGGGAUCCAUAUAUGACGAACUGAAGAUAAUUCCGAAGAAAGGAACCGUCUUCAGUUUCGAAGUGCCCAUCAAUGAUGAGUCAGCUCUACAAUAUAGCAUAUUGGGGGAUAGAUUCAAAUACAGAAGUAGCGAUCGUGCAGGUAGAAAGUUCAAGAGUCGUAGAUGCGACGAUAUGCUAUAUUACAUAUCUUAA